AUGACUGUGGCGACGGCCACUCACGUACGAACCCAAAACGCUGAGGAUUUGAAAACAUGCACUGGUGUAACACCACCCACUCAAGUGAAACCUACGAAGGCGGUUGCUAAGAAAAAAUACAAGAAACGGGUGCUAACGCCGGGUAAGAAGGAUUUGUCCAUGUCAAAAGAAGGAUCAUCUAGAAAAGAGAAGAAGCCUAAAAAAAGCCCAUCAAAAUUAGAGAAGAAAACCUCGAAGAUUGAAAAACAACAUAGUGCUAUAAAACCGAAACGUCGCCUCAACGAUACAAUCCCACAGAAAAAGGCCACCGUCUCUACUGCGUCUGAAGAAUUCGACUCUAGUGUUAACGACUUUAAUAUUGUACUGUGCAAAUCAAAGGAUGCUCGUCUUGCAUGGCAUGCCCAAAACGACCUGACGGCUGGUGCAAUUGCGUUCGCAGCUACACGCGAAGUGAAGGUGGAGUUAUCGGCUGCGAUCGAGGGUGUUGGAUAUUUGUUACGACGAUAUCGUGAUAACAUACGAUACAAGUCAACUACAGCUACAACGUUAGUGUCAAAUGCUAAUUUGGCGAAAAAUAGGUACGACGAUAUUAGAUGUAUUGAUGCAACGCGAGUAAUUCUAAAAGGAUGGUCGUCAGACUAUAUUCACGCGAACUGGAUUGUAAUGGCUGACGGAAGGAGGUUCAUCUGUUCACAAGCACCGAUGGAGUCGACAAUAGGUGAUUUCUGGCAUAUGAUAAUCCAGGAGAAUUGUCGAACCAUUAUCAUGCUCUGCAACUUUGUUGAAGAUGAUAAAGAAAAAUGUGCAAAGUACUUUCCUCAGUCAAAGGAAAGCUCGGUAACAUUUGGUUCAACGAAGGUUACGUUGGUUGAACAGAGUGUUUCCGAACACGGUUACACAACCUCGAACUGGAAAGUUCAGAACAGGGAUCGUCAAUUCACGUUAAGGCAUUUACACUGUACCACAUGGCCAGAUCAUUCAGCACCGCAGAGCACGUUAGAAGUCAUUGCUCUUCACAAAGAAAUUUCUAAAUCUCCACGCGAGAAUCCUAUUAUUAUUCACUGUUCCGCUGGAAUUGGAAGAACCUGUACUUUAAUGGGUAUCGAGUUGUUACUGGAACGAAUUCACCAUCGUCGGGAUGCUUCUGGAGUUGCAGUCAUGAGAUGGCUUCGUGAUCGUCGUUUAGGUGCUAUACAGAAGAGCAUACAAUUUGUAUUCAUGCAUUAUGCGAUUAUACAAUUAUUAUGUCAGGAAGGAGUAAUGAAGGCUGACAAUCCGAAGGUGAUCGCUUUCCAGGAGAAAUAUGAAAAACUUUUGGCUAAACAUACACAGACACGGAAAAAAGCCGAAAAAAUGUUAGACGUACUGCAAACACAACUUGAUGAUGAUGAACUACUGAAACAAAGCGAUCAAAAAGGGAGCACUCUGGAAAAGGAGGAUGACGACAAGAAAAUUGCUGAAGAUAAACAAGGAUGUGUAAACCUUCAAUUGGAGCCUGAUCUCUAUGGUGACACAAAUACAGGGGAUAAGAAAGAAGUUCACAGUUCAGAAUAUCUCGAAUUACUCUGA